AUGUCUAUUGAGCACACUCGCGAUUGGUCGACUCUGCUCCCAGCUGAGAAACCGAAUGGACCAAUUGACCAGGCAUUCCAGCUCCCAGACAUUGAGUGCUUCACGCUGUACCGGUUUCCCUGUGUUCUAAGUCAUCCAUCCGGAUAUGUUACCUGGCGCAAUGAGAUCUAUUACACGCUCAAGAUCCACAACCUCCAUCGGCUCAUUGACUCUAGCAUUAUGCGCCCUUACAAGGACUCGCCCAAUGCUAGGAAAUGGCAGAAUAUGUCGAUAGAGGUCCGCAACUGGAUAGCAUGGAACAUGGAUCCAAUCCUUGUGCGUAUGAUUAUGAAGGAACAACCUCGGGCUCAGCUUGCAGACGAGUUCAUGACGGGUGCGGAUGUGGUUCUUCGGCAGUUCACUCGCAGUCUCGAAGCCCCCGAGGAUGUCUCCGAUGUUCUACUCAAGUUCAUCGGGUGCCAGCGAGGACAUUUUUCCAGUGCCCGGUGGUUUGUUCACCGUCUUGUGGAGUAUUACACACACACCUUGAAUAUGAAAUUGAGAAUUCCGCCAUUCGUCCCCCUGUUGAUUUUGUUGGCGCAGAUUGAGGGUGAUGUGGGAGCAGCCUUUGUUAAUCUGAGAUACGAACGAUUGGAGGACUUGAACAACAUUGCCGAGGACGUUACCAAAGGGUACUUUGAGAACGUUUACUUCGAUGUGUUGGAGUACCUCGAUUCGAUGGAUCAGUCAAGCCGUUUGAUUGAAGAGAACUGA